AUGGCUGGACGCUGGUUUCUGGCGGCCACGCGGACCCUGCAGCAAUUUGCGGGCCCCGGCGCCGCGGGCCGGGAUAGAGGCUGGACACUUGCCUUCAGCAUGGCUGCACAGAGUAGCAAGGGAGAGGCAUGUGGCUCUACUGACCCUCCUGGUGAGUCAGGUCCCUUUUCAGCUGAAGAAGCCCUGGAACACAAAGCACUUCGACUGCAGGAGGAAGUCCGGGAUUUAACUGAAAGAUACCAGAAAGCUCUGGCUGAUUCUGAACAUGUACGGAGGCGCACACAGAAAUUUGUGGAAGAUGCCAAGAUAUUUGGGAUCCAGAGUUUCUGCAAAGACUUGGUGGAGAUUGCAGAUAUCUUGGAGAAGGCCACUGCUGGAGAAACAGAUGCAGGAGACCAAAAGCCAACGCUCAAGAAGGUCUUUGAAGGACUCUCUCUCCUCCAGGCUAAGCUGCAGAAUGUGUUCGCUAAGCAUGGUCUGCAGAAAAUGACUCCCAUUGGUGACAAAUAUGACCCUUAUGACCAUGAGAUCGUUUGUCACAUACCAGCUGAUGGAGUGCAACCAGGCACAGUGACACUUGUUACCCAAAAUGGCUAUAAACUUCACGGUCGAACCAUCAGACCUGCCCAAGUAGGUGUGGCUGUUGAGACACAGGAAUGA